GCGGCUACUUCCUGAAUCUCCUUACAUGUUGUUGCGUGUUGUCGCGGUGCUAUUAAAGAUCAGAGUGGUUCGUCUUAACUUUGUAUAAAUGUGAAUAACUCCACAUCCGGAAUGGACGACCGCGAAUUGGAUCUGACGGAGGAGCAGAAAGAAGUUAAGGCGAAAUACCCGCCGAUCAACAAGAAAUAUGAAUAUCUGGAUCACACAGCAGAUGUGCAGAUCCACUCGUGGGGAGACUCUCUGGAGGAGGCCUUCGAGCAGUGUGCCAUGGGCAUGUUUGGCUACAUGACGGACACAGAGACAGUGGAGCCGAUUGAUACUCUGGAGGUGGAGUCUGAAGGCGACGACAUGGAAUCGCUUCUUUUUCACUUCCUAGAUGACUGGUUGUUCAAGUUUAGUGCAGAUCUCUUCUUCAUCCCCAGGGAGAUCAAGGUUGUGCACAUUGACAGGAUGCACUUCAAGAUCCGGUCCAUCGGGUGGGGUGAAGAGUUCAGUCUAAAUAAGCAUCCACAGGGGACUGAGGUGAAAGCCAUCACAUACUCUGCGAUGCAGAUCUACGAUAAAGAGAAACCAGAGAUAUUUGCCAUCGUUGACAUCUGACGCAGCAGCCUGAGGUGGAUCACACAGGAGAAACUGGACUACAAAAGCGACCAUUUUGUACCGUUGGAUGGUCGUUCACACUAAGGCACUGACCAUGAACUUCAAAAAUUGGAUUUUCUUCGAAGGGAAAUACUUCCUGUGAUUACGGAUGCACACGAUGCAAGGGAAGAGAUCCCUAAGAGUUUUCAUACAGGUAGAUAAAUUUAAUAGAAAUACAUGUCACAAAAAUUUCAAUCUGAAUGAGUUGCAGAACAUUUUCUUUUGACUGGAAAACCUCUGAUUUAAAAUUUAAUAAUUCUGUAUGGGCUGGGAAAUAUAUGCAAAAUCAAAUAUCACAAUAUUGUAGGGAUGACUGUAGGAACUUUCAAAAGACAUUACACAUAAGACAUUUUUUAACUAAUAGUUUCAGAAAACGGCGUCAAAUAACACAAUAUUGAAAUUAUGUUGAUAUAUCUCCCAGCCCUAUUUACAUAACAUUUUUUUUAAACACGUCUUGCAACUCAUAUCUGUUUUAAAUGCUUUACUAAGAUCUAUUUGAAAUUAUUUUUAUUUAUCGGAACAUUAAAUUAUGUUGAUCCUUUAUCGAAUAUUCAUUGUAAAUAAUCGUUUCAUAUGAUACCUUUUUCUAUAAGGACUGAUUAAAUGGUUACUUUGAAAUCAA